GAUUUGAAGAAAAAAUGUAAAUUAGAAAAUCUAUUAACUCUGCCGCUGCUGGAAACAUAUAUUUGAUUGUAGGCUACAAAUCCGAAAGUGAAUCAAGCACGAAAGACUUAACAGACAGAGGCAACUGGAUUAAUCAGAUACUACACAGUGAUAGUGCCCUGGGACAUCCCAUUGCCUGAUUAAUUAAACAUCAGUCGGCAAAUAGAACUAUAGACAGUGAUCUCGCUGCUAAACUCAAGACAACUCCGAGUAGCUGCAAUUUUAUUUUAAAGACCAUGAGACAAAUUGCUUGACUUUUGCAUACAUUUGCAAUGUUAACUAUACGAGACGUGAGCACCUCAAGCCAACACAAAGACCGCCGUUCCUGAAACAGCCCUAAUCCUGACUGCAAGGCGAGACCUAGCGGCGCUGGACAAACAGCAACACAUCGUUCUGGUGAAAGUCUGCAAGAAUCGCAAGGGAGCAACUUUGUCUGGGCGGGCGAGGGGGCGAGAAAAGAACAGCCGCUGCUUUCAAAGAACGGUUCUGAUCCCUUGUGGUUGGCAGCAGGUCCGUCCUGAUCCGAAAUAAGAUCCGUCAUUUGCAAUGUGUUGGAAACGCUGCUUCCUACUUCGAGGAAGGGGGAAACAUCCGAUUUAUAUCAUUUGCAAAUACUAAUCGUGGAGGGGGUUGCACGUUCAGUAAACUUCCCCAUCCCAUCCUUUACUGAAAUAAAACCUGCUGCUGCUGCUGCAGCCCGGUCACGUCCCAGCGAGGGGGCUUGUGGAGCAUGCGUACUGCUGGAGUUGGGAAGCCCAGGGAGCUGUCCAAGUGCUGAAAUGUUGCCGGCGGUGUGAGCGCUUUCCUCCCUGCAUUGGCCGCUGAAGCCGGCGUCCCCUCCCCUUCUCACUCGCCCUCUCCCAGCAGCCAGGCCGAUGCUGCUGCUCCAAGGCACGGAAGCCGGCGCUCACCCGUCCAGCGUACCAUGAAGUUUGAGUCCUCCCGUUCCCUGACGUCGUGUUUCCAGAGGUGCUUUGGGAGAAGAUGCCAUUCUGACGCUCUUCACUCCUCACGGCAGCAGCAGCUCCCUCUCCAAGUCUUCCUGCCAGACAAUGAUACUGUGGACUGAUGUCCUGCAUUGUUCUCUCGCCGCCUGCAUCAACCCAGUUCCACUUUCCGCCAGUUGGAUCUGAGUUUCCGACGCGAUUAGCCGAUUCUUUAGCUUUUUGUUUUGGAAGAGGAGGAGGAGGGGUGGUGGGGGUGGGGAGGUAUUUUAUUUCUAGAACAUUGCCCGCGAUCCCAGACAGACACAGAGAUAAGAGUUUGACGGAAUGAAUCGACCACUUGUGAAAAUCCUGACAACGUUGUUCGCGUGCAUCUUAGAGACCAGCAACUUCAGGUUAGCUCACUCCAAGGAGCAUGACUCUCGGUCUUCAACCAAACCGGCCUCACAGGCCAUGUCCCCCUCAGAUUUUCUGGACAAGUUGAUGGGAAAGACAUCAGGAUACGAUGCCAGAAUCAGACCAAAUUUUAAAGGUCGUCCUGUUAAUGUUACUUGCAACAUAUUUAUCAACAGCUUUGGUUCAAUAGCAGAAACUACAAUGGACUACAGAGUGAAUAUUUUCCUGCGACAGACAUGGAAUGAUCCACGAUUAGCCUACAGUGAGUACCCAGAUGAUUCCUUAGACUUGGAUCCUUCCAUGCUGGAUUCCAUCUGGAAGCCUGAUUUGUUCUUUGCAAAUGAAAAGGGCGCCAACUUUCAUGAAGUGACAACGGACAACAAACUGCUUCGCAUUUUUAAAAAUGGAACUGUUUUAUACAGCAUAAGGCUGACACUAACGUUAUCCUGUCCAAUGGAUUUGAAAAAUUUUCCAAUGGAUGUGCAGACAUGUGCGAUGCAAUUGGAGAGCUUUGGAUACACAAUGAAUGAUCUGAUUUUUGAGUGGCUGGAUGGAGAGCCUGUGCAGGUUGCAGAAGGACUGACCCUUCCACAGUUUCUUCUUAAGGAUGAGAAAGAACUAAAAUAUUGUACAAAACAUUAUAAUACAGGGAAAUUUACCUGCAUUGAAGUGAAGUUCCUUUUGGAAAGACAGAUGGGUUACUAUUUAAUCCAGAUGUACAUUCCAAGUCUGCUGAUUGUCAUUUUGUCCUGGGUUUCAUUCUGGAUUAACAUGGAUGCAGCUCCAGCAAGAGUAGCACUGGGUAUCACGACAGUGCUGACAAUGACUACACAGAGUUCUGGCUCUCGAGCUUCACUUCCAAAGGUUUCAUAUGUCAAGGCUAUCGAUAUUUGGAUGGCAGUUUGUCUUCUCUUUGUCUUUUCCGCCCUGCUGGAAUAUGCUGCCGUAAAUUUUGUGUCACGUCAGCACAAAGAAUUUUUGCGUCUGAGAAGAAGACAAAGAAGACAAAAUAAGGAUGAAGAACUGGUCCGGGAGAGUCGCUUUAACUUCAGUGGAUAUGGGAUGGGUCAUUGCCUUCAAGUCAAAGAUGGCACAGCUGUCAAAACAGUGGCUCCAAAUCCUCCACCACCACAGCCCAAGGAUGCAGAGGCCAUCAGAAAGAAGUUCGUUGACAGAGCAAAAAGAAUUGACAUGAUAUCCCGUGCUGCCUUCCCUCUAGCAUUCCUCAUUUUUAACAUCUUUUACUGGAUUACGUACAAAAUUAUACGGCAUGAAGCUGUCCAUCAGCAGUAGGCAACAUUCCACCAGAAGGUCUCCCUUCACUUGGACUGCUCAUGACCAAGUUAUGCUAAGUUGUCUUUGUUAUUUGCUGACUGUGUUUCUCACCAAGUGACUAACCUAGAUUGAAAGAAGGCUGAAAAUGUUUGCAUUCUACUUGGCCAGCAUUAGAAUGCUACAAUAUUAAAACUUGCCAUAAUGCACUAUUUUGCCCAUUGGGACAUGUUCUUCCAGUGUCUAACUUUGGCUGAUAAUUUUCCCCUGUAAACCUAUCCAGGCCAGUUCUGGCAAACUGUGGUAAAGGAGCCAAGUGUUCCAGGUUAGAGGCCAGGCCUUUGAGUGGGGAAGAGAGGUUGGGUGUGGUGACUGGUGGUGGCAUGGAGAUGGUAGAGGAAGAAAGCAUCUAGAAGAAUAAAGCAAGUCUACAGUUGUUUCAUAUUUUUAAGGAACGGUAGUUUUUAUGGACAUGCAACAGAAACAAGAUCACCCUUUUUUUUUCAAAGAUUGGUAUGUUUACAAUGGUUCCAGUACAAUGAAUCAAGAGUGGACCAAAAUUUUACAAGAAAUCACUGCCUUUAUAUUAAAACAAUGUCCAACUGAGCUACAUUUCAUUGUCAUGUAGAUGUUAGAUAUUCACCAGAGUCAUUCUGUGCUUUGAAAAAUUAUUUCUACAUAUAUAUAUAUGUAUAUGAAAAAAACAUAUACUUUGAUAUUCUAAUAGAACAUUUUAAAAUUUUCACACUUCAGGAAGAUAUUAAUCAUUAACUUGAAGUAGUAAAAUGAUGUUUUAUGUUGUGUAAUUUAUUUAAAGGCAUAUAUUCAGAUUGCAUACACUUCUUAAUUUUUUCUUUGAAUUUUUAGGGAGUUGUGCUUUAAAAACACUCUGUUGCUUUGUUUCAUAUGUAUGUCAAAGUGCCAAACUGUAAAUAUCUUGUUGUGUGACUUUCACCACUGUAUAAUUAACAAGAUGGUUGUUUCCUUAAUGCUGUAGCUCAGUUUAGCCUUGUAAAGGUCUUAAUGCUGUAGCUUUUUAUGUUAGUAAUAAGUGAAACCAAUAGCAUUUAGACAGGUUAUUGUGUCAAAGAAUAUUAAACACUCCUAAUUUAUUCCUAAAUCUACUUCUGAUAUAAAAUGUUUAUUGUUCUUCAAUUUGAAUGCAAUUGGAAAAACAAUUAACCUUUCUUUGCUGGUGUGAGGUUAUUUUGAUCAAAGGAAGACUAUUAAAGGAGAUUAGGAGUAGAUAUGUUUUUAUUUGGAAACUGAAAGACUGGUGAUGUAUUUUUUUCAUUUAGCUUCACUUUCGCAUAUCCCUUAAAGAAUAAUGUCUAGGUCAGUAAAUCAAACCUUCCAGAAAUAAGAAUCUGUUCACAUCUACCUAGCCGCAAUGUAAAUAAAGUGGCUACAAUUUAUUUUGUUCCUUUUUCAAAAUAACUUAAACCCCUUUCUGCCUCUGCCAAACAGUCAUAUAGCAUGGAAUCUGACCCUUCAGCCCAACCAAUCCAUGCCAACCAUAAUCCCAAACAAUCCCGUCUGC